AUGAGAGAUUCUGGAAACUACACAUGCACUUUUACAAACAAAAGAGGAGAAUCUGUUCAAAGUGGUCCUGGAUCUAUUCAAGUGAAAGAUGUACAAAUAGAAAAGUCUUCUUUAUCACAAGUACCUCAGAUAAUGAAUAGAGAUGAAAAUUCUCAAAUAUAUUGCUAUAGUGAAACAUCUGUAGUAACUGGUUACUGCACCUUGUACAUUAAUAACAUAAGAUAUGUUGAUGAUAAGGACUGUUCAGUGUACCUACCACAUGCUAUUAGUGGAUCCUACACAUGCACCAUAAACAUUUAUAACAAAACUGGGCUUGUUAGUCCACCAGCACAAGUCACAUUUUACAACAAACCUCGUGUUUUACAAAUCAAAAACUCUUUCUUGAACCAAAAUUUUGCAUUGAGAUGUAUCACAGAUAUACCCAGUGGUACAUACUCCUGGUUCAAACAGGGCAUUUUAGUUUAUUCUUCAAACAAUGAUACAUAUGAGUUUACUCUAACAAGUGAUAUAGCCAGGUUGUACCACUGUACAGUAAAAAUUAAUGAAUCUGAUAUAUGGAGUGAAUAUUACACUCUAAGUGUUUCUAGACCUUCCAAACCCGCUUUAAGCAAUAAUGAUAUGGAAUCAAGACUGGAUUUUAAUAAACUAAUUUCAACAAACUUCUAUUGCUCUAAUAAUGAUGCUGAGAUGUAUACUUUAUAUAAGAAUGGAAUUAAAGUGUCUUCUAAACCUGCAAGUAACAACACAUUUACAGUAGUUCUGUCUCGGUUGGACACAGUUCAGUACACAUGCACUGGUUUAAACAUAUUUGGUGAAAGUGAACAAAGCGAACCAAUCUACAUCAAUAUGAAAGAGGCUGUUUAUAUAACUACCAGCAGUGAAGUGGCCUCUGUUGGUCAGCCUUUUUAUUUGAACUGCAGUACUGAAAACAAUUUGUCAUCUGGAUCUUACACUUGGGAAAUUCACAAAUUUGCAGGCAUCAGUUAUGUGAUACCAUCUCAAAAUCUAACUUUCGAUCCAUUAACUCAGCAAGAUGAAGGCAUCUACAUUUGUAAAUUUAAAAAACAGGAGUCUAUAGCAAUAGUUCACAAUUAUUAUGUUCUAGCUGUUUCACUCCCUAUUGUACCUAAAAUUGUAUUAAGUAUUCAAGUGGGUAUGGCUGAUCAAGAUUCAAGAUAUUCUAAAGCAAAUGGCAGUGGGCUAUCUACAGAAGACCCCAAGAUCAUUGCAUCAUUGAGAUGUUCUAUUGACACUUACCUAAUCAAUGCAAGGAAUCCAUUCAGGCUUUAUAAAAAUGGAGUUGUAGUAAAAAAUGUGCCCUAUGUGGAUGAGCUUUACUUCUGGGGAAGAUUUGACAUUCUAAGAGUCUAUUCAAUAGAUGCCAAUAUUGCAUCUAAUGAAGGAAAUUAUACCUGUACAGCACUCAACUCAGUUGGGGAAUCUCAGCCAUCAAAAGCUGUGUACAUUACCAGAUGUUUAGUAUUUAUAAAGCCUCAAGUUACCAUGAACAACCUAAAUCCACAAGCUGGUGAUAACAUUACACUUACAUGCAACAUAUUGUCACCACAACCAGACUUCAUUAUAACGUGGCAGAAAGAUUUCUCAACCAUACUGAAAACUGGAGUUACUCUCUCCCUCAAAUCUCUAACAGUAGAAGAUCAUGGUUUCUACACUUGCACUUAUUCAAAUCCAUCUAAUGAUGAAGGCUAUUUCUGGUUAGAAAAGGUUUCAGAUCCAAUUUUAAUUUCAUUGCUACCACCUCUACAACCAAUUUUGUUGUUUGAUGCCAAUUAUAUCGACAUAAAGAACAAAUAUUAUGCUUAUGGUGAUGGACCUGUAUUUCAUACAUUUGGCGAAGAAGACAGACUGCAUUUAAAGUGCUUUGUGCAAGCCAUGUUUAUAAAUGUCUUCGAGAUUUCCAGUAUGAUGCCAUCACCUUACAACUUUGCUCUAUAUAAAAAUGGUCAAAUUACUCAACCUGCAAACACAAAUGGAAUGUUUACCAUUUCUGGACUUACAAAAGGAGACUACAAUUACACUUGUGAAGUUAGCCAUGAAGCACAGCAAUCUUUUAUGAGUUACCCUCUCUUAGUAAGGAUAACUGAUCGACCAACCAUUACUUCUUCUGUGCCAUCUCCUUCAUUGGGUGUUAAUCUCACCCUAACCUGCAACACUCUUGUGGAAUCUAACAGCAUUGAAAUUACUUGGAGAAAAAAUGGAAUCAAUAUGGGAUUGACAUCAAAUGUUCUCAGUUUAAAUAAAAUAUCUCAAUAUGAUGAAGGAACUUACACAUGCCAGCAAAGAAAUAUGGAAUGGACAACACCAAUGAGUACAGAAUUUAUCAUUAAUUUUGGACUAUCACCUUCCAAGCCACAAAUUUUCAUCACUGCCAAUACACCAAUACAAGCUGGUUCAUCUUUUGCUAUCUACUGCCUUUCUACUGGUAGUCCAGUAGUUUCUGCAACUUUCUACAAGGAUGGUCAGAUAAUUUUUAAAGCAACUGGUGGCUAUAUAAGUGAUGCAGGACAGACUGCAUUCACUUAUCAAAUUUCACUAGCAGCUGCUACCAACUCAGGAAUCUAUUCGUGUACUGUUAGAAACAGCCUCAGUGUUUCUCAGAUUAGUGAGAGCUUAAAUUUGAAUGUGAUUGAUGAUAUUGGCUGCAGUCCAGGCUUCUAUAUUUCUGUGACUGGAAAUUGUCAGCCAUGCCCAUUUGGUUCUUACCAGUCAAACAGUAAUCAGAUGGAUUGUGUCCACUGCCCUGGCAACUUGUUCACUCUUGUAAGAGCUGCUUCUGAUAUUGCCCAGUGUGAAGCUGUUCCAGCAGAAAAACUUCUAUAUUUGAGAAUUACAAUAAACAAAACAUACAGCUCAUUGUUUGAUGCUGAAACAAAGGAGUCUGUGAAAACUAAUUUGAAUGAUAGAUUUCUUUACAUCAAAAAUGUUGUUGGUGUUCUAAUUUAUAAUGUUAGUUCUGGUGCAGAUGUUGAUGAGACAGCAAUAACAGCUGCACUUGUAGCCAGCACUGGUGUGCAUUCUAACCUGUAUAACAGUGUGGGUGCUGAGAUCUACAGGAAAUACUAUAACACACCUACAACAAUUGACAUCAGUGGUCAAAGUGUUGCUGUAAAAACUGUGAACAUGUUUAAAUCAGAAAGUGAUUCAUCUAAUUUUGUCAAUCCUGUUGAUAUAGAUGAAUGCAGUUUAACACUAAGGCCAUGCGGCCCCUAUGAGAGCUGUGACAAUGUCAAUGGAGUGAUAGGCAGCUUCACUUGUACCUGUAUUACAGGAUUUCAACGUUCAACAUUAUUGAGUCCUUGCUCAGAUGUGAAUGAAUGUCGACAACCCAACCUUUGUACUGGAAGUUUUGAACAGUGUAAAAACUCAGUAGGAAGCUACACAUGUGAUUGUAUUGAUGGCUAUACAAGAAGGGCACCACAAGAUCCAUGCUCAAAUAUCAAUGAGUGCUUUAGUAACCCUUGCACAUCAAAUAAAAUUUGCAACAAUUCCAUUGGUUCCUACACAUGCAAUUGUCCAAUGGGAUAUUCAUUGGCAGCAACUGGAAACUGUGUUGAUGUUGAUGAAUGUGCAACAGUAAAACCAUGUCAUCAAAAAUGUACUAAUAAUCCUGGUGGAUACACUUGUUCUUGCUAUGAUACUUUCACAAUGACCAGCAAUGGUACUUGCACAUUGAUUUAUUCAAAGGUGUUGGAACUUAAGUUCCCAUUGUUUGUUCCACCAGACAUAUUAUUUGUUAACAACUCAGAAGAAUACAAAGCAAUCAUAAAGGAAUUGCAGGGUGCAAUGAAAAACCAACUAAGUAAGAUGGUUACAGGUUUCUUGGAUUUUGUUGUGAAAAAUAUAAGAAAAGGCAGUUUGAUUUUUGUGGCUGAAGCAAUCAUAGAUAAAAGUGUCAACACAAACCCUGCUGGUGAAUUUAUCAAAGCUCUGACUAAGCUCAACAUGGAUCUGGUGACUGUCAAUGGCACAUACCAGAUUAAUGCAACAAUCACAAUUAAUAACUUUGUGAUUACAAAUGAAGUUAGCCAGUGUGAAGCAAGGUCAAAGGUCGACCCCUGCAGUGAUGAUGAGAUAUGUGUUACUGCCAGUGAUGGUGUGGCAGUUUGUAAACAAUACAUUGAAAAAGAGACAAGAGACAAGCAAAUUGGAAUUGGAGUUGGUGUUGGAGUGGGUGGCUUAAUAAUUAUAUCUAUUAUUGCCACUCUUGUUGUUAGACAUAAACUCAAGUCCAGGAAAUAUCAAGCUGAUUAAAAUGAAAAUGCCAUGUGUUGGUCCUUUCGUGGUGGUUUUUAAGGAUUCAUCAUUUGAAAAUAGAAAAGAAAGUGAAACCAAGAAACACAUCUAAUCUUAUUGUAUUCUACAUAAAGAUUAAUAUUUAUAUCUAAUUAUUACAUUAUAGAGGUUUUUUUUGUGUAUAACAAGUUUUAACUCUGCCCUUUUAAUUUAGAUUUGAAGUAUGUUCAUUUUUUACAAUUCACAUCAGCUUACCUAUCACUAUGUUGACUUGAAUACAUCAACAAUGAAACCAAGUACAAUGCAUAUUGCUUCCUUUAUUCAACAGUAAAAAGUAUCAAAUGUUAUUCUAUAUCCAUGUUCCGAUACAGCAGUAUCAUAUUAUCAUUUGUGUUUUUUUCUCUAAUUAUUUUGUACUGAACAUCCAUCUAAACAUAUCUUGUCGUAAUGCGUUUUAGUUUGAAGUCGUGAUUGUUGUAUAUAACACUAAAUACAUAUGAAGACAUGUAACAUUUUCUACUUUUCU